CAUAUUCUCCACAAAUACCUCCUCUCAUCUCUCUCUCUCUCUCGUAGUCUUUUCUCCUAUUUGAUCCUCGUCCGCCUUUUCAAAUCUCCAAACCCUAACUGCACUUUGAGGUUUCGUCAUGAAAGCAGGCAAAUCGAAAGCGGAGUCCAAGAGGAACGACUCCAAACUUGCUGUUAAGAAAGGAGGCAAAGGAUCGAAAGCAGGCAAGGUGAAGGAUCCUAACAAGCCUAAGAGACCUCCAAGUGCUUUCUUCGUUUUUAUGGAGGAAUUCAGGCCGAUUUUCAAGCAACAGCAUCCGGAAAACAAAGCUGUAUCAGUUGUUGGUAAGGCUGGUGGAGAGAAAUGGAAGUCCAUGUCUGAAUCUGAGAAAGUGUCAUUUGUGGAAAUAGCAGUGAAGCGAAAAGCUGAAUAUGAGAAGAAGAUGGAGGCAUAUAACAGAAAAUUGGCUGGAGGUAAAGCUGAAGAAGAAUCUGACAAGUCUAGGUCUGAGGUCAAUGAUGAAGAUGAUGCUGAAAGCGGUGAUGAGGGAGAUGAUUAGACUAGCCUGGAUCUUUAGCAGUCUAGAAGAUAAAAUACUGACCAUAUUAUAUCAUUCAAUGUUCUUGUUACUUUUCUAUUGUAACUUGUCAAUCCGGAUGCUUUGUUUGCCAUUGGAUUAAGAACUCAUAUCUUUUAGAAUAUACAACUGUCUGAUUUC